AUGGGACUGGGCGAAGGUCUCUCCCUAACGUUGGCAUUCCUGAUGAUAAUCGACAUGACUUUCAUCCAUCAGCGACCCGAUGCUGUUGCACUUCUCUGGUCGCUGGUCGGCUUUGCUGGCACCGUGUUGUUGGCUAUCGUACCGUAUAUGACAUCUUACGGAAAUGACUGGCGUCGCUUUUACCACUACUCGUCCAUUCCAAUGGGCAUUUCCUUUGUUCUCGUUUUCUUUCUAUAUCCGGAAACCUACUUCAAACGGCCGACGGUAGCCUUUGAUGGGCUUAUCUUGUUGCAAAGUGCAACUGAGAAGCUCACGGUCUACAAAGAUGAGGAAGCUGAUUCCGACAUAUAUCGUGAUCUUCCAGAUCUACCAUCUGGAUCACGGCGCAGCGGCUUCGACGGGCUACGCGAUCGUCUUGGUCUCACACGCUCGCCAUUCGCCUCUUGGACCGCUGUGAGCCGGUGCUAUUGCCAAAUGGCCUUCUGUGCUAUCAACCCUCUCAUCUUCUGGGUAUUCCUUUCUUCAUCAGUCAACUUCGCUGGCAUGCUCUUCAUCGGUACAACCUACGCCACAAUUCUGCAGGAAAGUCCCUAUAAUCUGUCGUCAGCACUCAUUACGUGCGUGAAUAUCUGCUCGGGCGUAGGUUCACUUUUUGCCUACCCGCUUGGUGGUCGCCUCAUCAGUACGAUACUCAACCGACUCGCAAGACGGAAUCGCGGCGUUCGCGAGGCUGAGCACUUCCUGGUCGGCUACAUCCUUCCCGUCAUUACCGGUACUCUCAGCACUUUGAUCUAUGGAUUUGCCGUUCAACACAGACUCCACUUCGCUCUCUACUACCUGGCGUACGGUCUGAAUGGCUUUUCAUGGACGACCCUAUCCAUAAGCAAUACCAUGUGGGUCACUGAAGCGUUCCCACGAUGGGCAGCUCCAGCAAUCUCCGUACUGGGCGGAGGAUGUUACGUUAUCAGCUUUUUCAUGACUUUUGCAUUGGUGCCUUGGAUCGCGGCACAUGGUUACAAGCUGGUUGGGAUCGAGCUUGCAGCUUUGCAAAUUGUGGGCGGCCUUGUCGCAUUACCGAUCGCGUUCUGGGGUAAGAGCUCACGACAGGCAAUCCACGGAAAAUGGGCAGGUGAUCGUUCUGGAGCACUCCGGCCUUUAUAG